UCCCCCCCAUUGAUUCCCCCCAUCCUGUUCACUUCCUUCACUCUUACCUCUUGUCUCCCAUUGCUCGGUGUCCUGCUCAAUCCCCAAGUCGACAAGCGACUCUGUCUCCAAUCAUGUCAACCAAGAAGAUCGAGCAGUGGGAAAUCGAACGGUACUGGGAGAUCUUCGCAUCGCUGGCAGGCGGCCAGCCGCGUCUGAACAACUCCCAAGCGGCCUCGGUACUCAGGAACAGUCGGCUUCGUGAUGACCAACUGGAAAAGGUCUGGGACCUGGCAGAUGUCGACGGCGAUGGCGAACUUGACUUUGAGGAGUUCUGUGUUGCCAUGCGAUUGGUGUUCGACCUUGUGAACGGGGAAUUACAAGCAGUCCCAAACGUCCUGCCGGACUGGCUCGUGCCCGAAUCCAAAGCUCAUUUAGUCCAUGCGACCCGAGCCCUGAGCGGUCGUCCGGAGCAAUUCGAGCGGAUAGAAGACGAGGACGAUACUCCCGGCUUGAAAGAUGGGUUUGAAUGGUACAUGAACCCGUCUGAUAAGUCUAAAUAUGAAGAAAUCUAUCUCGCGAACAAAAACCGCCGCGGGGAAAUCUCAUUCGAAUCAUUACAGCCUCUUUACGACUCCCUCGACGUCCCGGACACGGACAUCCGCUCUGCAUGGAACCUGGUCAACCCUUCUGCAUCCCCGACCAUCAACAAAGACGCUACCCUUGCAUUUCUGCAUAUGCUCAACUACCGCCACGAGGGCUUCCGCAUUCCCCGCGCCAUUCCUGCGUCUCUGCGCGCUUCAUUCGAGAACAACCAUAUUGACUACCAAGUCGACAAUGCCCGUCCCGCCCAGAAAUGGGGCGCAAGCGGCGAUACGGAGACCCUCACAGGCCGGAAGGCCAAGUUCGGAGAUACCUAUCUGAGUCGGUUGGGUGCUGGAGGAAAGACCUCCUAUACACCCAAGGGAACGGAUUUCAGCGACACCAUCCAGGAUGAAGAGUGGGAGAAGGUCCGGUUGAGGCGCGAGCUGGCGGAGAUGGAGUCUAAGCUGGAUUCCGCUAGGAAGGCCUCCGAAGGCCGACGCGAUCGACCUCGAAACGACGGUCGGCCCAACUGGGUGUUGAUCAAGAAAGAAGCACUCCAGCUGCUGGAGUACAAGGAGCGGGAGCUACGGGAGCUGCGUGAAGGCGCAGGCCGAUCUAAAGACGGCCAGAACGUAGAACGUCUCAGAGAUGAUGUCAAGACCGUUGGCGAGCAGGUCGAGGGAUUGAAGAGCCAUCUGGCGCAACGGAAGGAAGUGCUCUCUGAUCUGCGGGCACAGGUCGAAGAGGCAAAGUUGUCCCGAUAAUCAUCUAAUCUAUUCCUCGCCCGACCUACCUUCUCCCGUCCUUGAUCCAUUUUCUUGAAUAUACUUUCACCUGGGUUGUUUCCGGUAUUUUCUU